AUGGAAACCUUCUUCAACUUUGAAGCGUAUUUACCUAGCGAAAGAAUUGAAUCUUCACAUAACAUUCAUGUUUUUAGAAAAUGCUUUUGCAUUGAUUUUGAGUUCAGCCACACAAUUGUACCUUCUCAAUCCGAUGCCACAACCUUUAUGCCCGAUUUUACAACUACAAUCAAAAGAGUUGUAGCGAUUCCUAUUGAAAUUCUAUGUAAUGGUUUGGAAGGAGAUCAUAAUGGUGUUUUAUACGCCGAAUUUUCUUUUGUGCCAGAUGAUUUAUUAUAUACGGUUCUACCAAAUCUUGAAGAAUUUGCUAGACAAAUAGUUGCACACAACUAUGAAAAUCGUGAUAUAUUAGAGUUGAAUGUGCGUCUUUCUGCCAUAACAUCAAUUGAAGAGGAGGAAGAAGAUUUUAGAAAUCAAGAUGAUUAUGGUCAAGCUCAACAAGUUGUUGAUUUGAUGGAGAAAUUAGAAAAUUGUUAUCCUUUUUCUGACUCAACCGAACAAUGUCCUAUUUGUUUGGAGGAGUUUUGCAUUAAAUCAGAUUUAGCUCGUACCAAAUGCUCGCAUGUUUUUCAUAAAAAUUGUAUUGGCUCAUGGAUUCAACAAUGCAUCAAUCGCUCAUCAACUUACACUUGUCCAUUGUGUCGAGAUACGCAAAGAAAUGCUCAACAUGAUUUGAGGAAGAUGGAUCAUAAGGUGUUGUUCUACAUCCAUCAGUGUGUGGAUGUGAACGUGUUUGAGAAAAUAGUUGAUUCAACAACGAUGAAGGUUGUGUGGGACAUACUGUAUGAGAAUCCCAGUAUUAAGAACAAUGAGAAGGUACCUAACUACAUCUCUAAAGUGAUUAUGAUCACAAAUGGGAUGAAAUCGCGUGGAGAAACAUUCUCUGAAGAUAGUAUCAUUGAGAAGGUACUUAGAUCUCUUACUCCUCGGUUUGAUUACAUUAUUGUAGCAAUUGAACAUUCUAAGGAUCUGAGCAUCAUGAGAAUAGAAGAGCUGCAAAUCAGUCUAGAGGUGCAAGAGUUGCAUCUGACUAAAAGAACCUCUGAGAGAGAGGUAGGGCAUGCUCUGAAAGCUUCUUUUGUCAAGAAGGACCAGAAUUAG